GGAAAGGGGAAAGAUAUGGCGUUGGCUCCGUCUUUCAAACCCCUGCCACUCCCAUCACCACCGGUAAAGCAUACACUACAACUUUCCACUUCACGGCGGUUCUCCUGCACCUGCUCUGCCGUCGCUCAGCCGGAUUCUUCUUCUACUUCAUUAUCAUCGUCUUCGGUCAUUCAUCGUCCUGCUGUCAUUCUUCCUGGUUUAGGGAAUAAUACGGGUGAUUAUGAGAAAUUAGCUUUGACCUUACAAGGUUAUGGUGUUUCAAGUGUGGUGGCCAAUGUUUCUAGAAUUGACUGGCUGAGGAAUGCCGCUGGAUUGGUUGACCCUAAUUACUGGCGAGGAACGCUCCAACCUCGCCCUGUUCUUGAUUGGUAUUUAAUUCGGGUUGAUGAGGCUGUCAAUGAAGCUUUGAAACAAUCUCAAGGUGGUUCUCUGUCGAUUAUUGGACACUCUGCAGGAGGGUGGCUGGCUCGGGUGUACAUGGAAGAGUUCAAAAAGGCUAACGUUUCCUUGCUUCUCACUCUGGGAUCUCCUCUUCAGCCACCGCCAAAGGGGUUGCCUGGAGUUGUUGAUCAAACAAGGGGUCUUUUGUAUUAUGUUGAGAAGAACUGCAGGAAAGCUGUUUAUACUCCAGAACUGAGAUAUGUAUGUAUCGCAGGCAGGUACAUCCAGGGCAGUCGUUUCUUUGACGACUCGGAUUCUGCAACAAGUAUUCCAGUUGCCCUUGAGCAAUCUGUUCCCAAUGUAGCUGUUGAAAGUGAUACAAGCACCUUAACAUCAACUGGUGCUACAUUUCGCACUCGCUUUGUUGGUCAGGGCUACAAACAGGUGUGUGGGCAGGCAGAUGUAUGGGGUGAUGGAGUUGUUCCAGAAGUAUCGGCUCAUCUUGAGGGUGCGUUAAACAUUAGUUUGGAGGGAGUGUAUCACUCGCCCGUUGGUUCUGAUGAUGAAUCUAGACCGUGGUACGGCUCACCAGCUGUCGUCGAGCAAUGGGUUCACCACCUGCUUAACUAGUCUGUGUUUAUAGGUAAUUAUUAUAGUGUACAGAUUCUUUUCAUGGAAAUCUGGCAGUUGUAAAUCCUGCAUCUUCCACCAGAACUAUUAGUUUAACAUCACUGAAGUUGAUGCACAACGGAAGCCAAUACACAUACACUAUAUUUACACAUGUUUCAAGAGAAAAUUAUAAUAUUAUUCGCCAUACUAAA